CCUCCACGUUCUGCCUUCUUCCACCCGCACGAGCUGUCCUCAUCACAGCAUCGAUCCCCCCCAUUCCCUCCGCUCCAGCCCUCUCUCUGCUCGCCACCGCGGAAUUGUAGCGUGAGUCUUCCCAUUCCUGCCAGGCUCGCCGCUCCAUUCCUGCUUGCCGUCUCGGGCCCGCGCCACCAACACCCGAGCUUCUAGCUUGGUCAGCGGUGCCACGACCUGGCCACGCACGCUGGGGGCUUCACCUGGUGCUCACCAUCUUUUGGAAGCUUCCCUUGCUGACAAUCGGCCUUUCAUUCACAGUGCUUCAUAUCUCAGAGAAACUUCAAGAUGAAGAUCAACUCGGCGAUCGCCGCGGC